CAACUACAGUCCUGUAUUUCCAUUUUAUGAACUGUGCAUCCUUUUCAAGCUGUGUAUGCUCCUGGUACAUUAUGAAUAUUAACCCUUUAUUUAUUGAAACUGUUUGACUUUUAAGUGUUUGUAUUGCCCUUAGAAUAAAGUCUACACUCCAGAGUUUUGCUCGCAAGACUUUUAAUAAGAUAACCUUGCUUACCUCUUCAGCCUUGUCUCUUCCCAAGUCCCUGCCUUGCACACUGCUCAGUCAAGCUGACCUGCCAUGCUCCCUUGGAUCUCUAGGCUUUUGCACAUGCUGUUCCCUUUACCUGGAACACCUUCCCUUCAUCUGUUUACCUGACUAAUUCCUACUCAUCCUUCAGGUCUCAGCUUAAAUGUCACUUCUUCUGGGAAGCUUCCCUGACUCCACUCCCAGACUAUGGAGGCAGACAGUGGGGAGGAGGAAUGCCGAUCACAGCCCAGGAGCAUCAGCGAGAGCUUUCUAACCGUCAAAGGUGCUGCCCUUUUUCUGCCACGGGGAAAUGGCUCAUCCACACCAAGGGUCAGCCACAGACGCAACAAGCACGCAGGUGAUCUCCAACAGCAUCUCCAAGCAAUGUUCAUAUUACUUCGCCCAGAAGACAACAUCAGGCUGGCUGUAAGACUAGAAAGUACUUACCAGAAUCGAACACGCUAUAUGGUAGUGGUUUCAACUAAUGGUAGACAAGACACUGAAGAAAGCAUCGUCUUAGGAAUGGAUUUCUCCUCUAAUGACAGUAGCACUUGUACCAUGGGCUUAGUCCUGCCUCUCUGGAGUGACACCCUAAUCCAUUUGGAUGGUGAUGGUGGAUUCAGCGUCUCAACAGAUAACAGAGUUCACAUAUUCAAACCUGUAUCUGUGCAGGCAAUGUGGUCUGCACUGCAGAGUUUACACAAGGCUUGUGAAGUGGCCAGAAUGCAUAACUACUACCCCGGCAGCCUCUUUCUCACCUGGGUGAGUUACUAUGAGAGCCAUAUCAACUCAGACCAGUCCUCAGUCAACGAAUGGAAUGCUAUGCAGGAUGUGCAGUCCCACCGACCUGACUCUCCUGCUCUCUUCACAGACAUACCAACUGAACGUGAGCGGACAGAGAGGCUAAUUAAAACCAGAUUAAGGGAGAUUAUGAUGCAGAAGGAUUUGGAGAAUAUCACAUCAAAAGAGAUACGAACUGAACUGGAAAUGCAAAUGGUGUGCAACUUGCGAGAAUUCAAGGAAUUUAUAGAUAAUGAAAUGAUAGUGAUCCUUGGUCAGAUGGAUAGCCCUACACAGAUAUUUGAGCAUGUGUUCUUGGGCUCAGAAUGGAAUGCCUCCAACUUAGAGGAUUUACAGAACCGAGGGGUUCGCUAUAUCUUGAAUGUCACUCGAGAGAUAGACAACUUCUUCCCGGGAGUCUUUGAGUAUCAUAACAUUCGGGUGUAUGAUGAAGAGGCCACAGACCUCCUGGCUUACUGGAAUGACACUUACAAAUUCAUCUCUAAAGCAAAGAAACACGGAUCUAAAUGCCUCGUGCACUGCAAAAUGGGGGUGAGUCGCUCAGCCUCCACUGUGAUCGCCUAUGCGAUGAAGGAGUAUGGCUGGAACUUGGACCGAGCCUAUGACUAUGUGAAGGAAAGACGGACAGUGACCAAGCCCAACCCCAGCUUCAUGAGACAGCUGGAAGAGUACCAGGGGAUCUUGCUGGCAAGCAAACAGCGGCACAACAAACUCUGGAGAUCGCAUUCAGAUAGUGACCUCUCGGACCACCACGAACCCAUCUGCAAACCAGGACUGGAACUCAACAAAAAGGAGAUCACCACCUCAGCAGACCAGAUUGCUGAGGUGAAGACCAUGGAGAGCCACGCGCCCAUCCCUCCCGUCUUUGUGGAACACGUGGUCCCGAAGGAUGAGAAUCAGAAAGGCCUGUGCACCAAAGAAAGAAUGAUCUGCUUGGAGUUUACUUCUCGGGAAUUUCAUGCCGGACAGAUUGAAGAUGAAUUAAACCUAAAUGACAUCAAUGGAUGCUCAUCAGGGUGUUGUCUAAAUGAACCGAAAUUCCCUCUUGACAACUGCCAUGCAUCCAAAGCCUUAAUCCAACCCGGACAGGACCCAGAAAUGGCCCACAAAUUCCCAGACUUAACCGUGGAAGAUCUGGAGACGGAUGCGCUGAAAGCAGACAUGAACGUCCAUCUGCUGCCCAUGGAAGAGCUGACAUCCCGCCUGAAAGAUCUGCCCAUGUCCCCGGAUCCUGAGUCACCGAGCCCCCAGCCCAGCUGCCAGGCCGCAGGCUCAGAUUUCAGUGGAGAUCGCAUUGACUUUUUCAGCGCACUGGAGAAGUUUGUAGAGCUUUCCCAAGAAACCCGGUCCCGAUCUUUUUCUCAUUCAAGGAUGGAGGAAAUGGGUGGAGGAAGGAGCGAGAGCUGUCGACUGUCAGUGGUGGAAGCAGCCCCUUCCGAAGCGACCACUGAUGACCAGAGAAGCAGCUCAUUGAGUAAUACUCCCCACGCAUCUGAGGAGUCUUCAGUAGAUGAGGAGCAGUCAAAGGCAAUCUCAGAACAGGUCAGCCCAGACAUCUUCAUGCAGCCGCACUCAGAAAAUGCGAUGUCAGUCAAAGAAAUCGUCACUGAGAUUGAAUCCAUCAGUCAAGGAGUCGGACAGAUUCAGGUGAAAGGAGACGUGCCGUCCAACCCAUGCCACACACCAAAGAAGCACAUCACCCACGAGCUGCCCCUGGAGAGGGCCCAGGCCGCCACGAGCAGGCCUGGAAACCUGGAGCAGAGUGAAGGUUCCUGCUCAGCCCAGUCUGAACCAGCCAAAGACUCAGGGAAGGGGCACCCCGAGGGGUGCCCAGGGGCACACUCCACUGCAGAGGUGGAAGAAGAAGAACCAGCGGAGGGGGAACAAGAGCUCUGGGGCCCCGGGAUGCCCCCGGGUGCCAAGUGGUACCCCGGGUCCGUGAGGCGAGCCACCUUGGAGUUCGAGGAGCGCCUGCGGCAAGAACAGGAGCACCUCGGUGCUGCGCCCGCGGGGGCCUCUCUGUCCUCUCGCAAGAACUCCAGGAACGAUUCCUUGGUGGCAGAGCCGGCAGCGAAAGGGAAGAGUGACGAAGCCGCCCCAGAACUGUCACAUGUCCCCAGAGAGCCAGAGACUAGCAGGGCCCAAGGGCGAUGCGGUGGGUCUGAGGCUGGCUCUUUACCGCGUCCUGAGCAGCUUGCCGUCGUCCCGGCCCCUGAGCUGCGGGAGUCUCACCCGGCGCCAGCACCUCAGGAUGGCCCGCGGCACGAAGGCGUCCUGCGGGAGCCGAGGGCUGUGGUCUCAGGCCCGGGGCCCGAGACACCAGCAGCCCCUGCUCCCUUUCCCAAGAAGAUAGAAAUCAUUGAAUACACCUACACAGCGCCAUCACCUGAUCCCAGGCCAGGGCGGGAAAGAGCCAGCAGUGAGAAGAGUGGGGCGCAGGGACUGAGGACUGUGAAGGUGGAAGAGGCCCUCACUGUCCUCUGUGCUCUGGAUGAAAAUCUGAACCGGACGCUAAGCCCUGACCAGGCUCCUCUGCGCCCCAGAGUGCUACCUCCACCUCAUUCUUCCUCUCCCCAGCUUGAGCACAGCAGGCCAGUCGACCUGCCCCCCACCUUGAGCAGCCCAGCCGCGCCUGAUGUCAGUCCCACGACCCAGCCAUGUGGCGCCAGCCCCGAUCACCUGUGCCCCCAGACAGUGGUUCACCUGGAAGGCUUCACGGGACAGAGCAGCACCACAGACAGCGCCCCCUCCACGGAGCAGGAAGGCUGGGAAGAAAGUCAGGAGGGCCCCCUCUCCAGGGGCGGUGAAGUGCCAUACCAGGGCUCCCAGUUCAGUAGCGAAGACCCACAUUUAAUCAGCCAACUGGGUGAUAAUACCGGGGAGCAACCGGCAAAACUGGACCCAACACCUGUAGCCCAUCAACUCCCACACAGCUCCAGUACAGACAGUAUAGAGAGCCUCAGUCAGAGCCCCAGGGUGGGGAAGGGACGCACUAAAGAAAUCGAGUCCCGAGCGACUUCCCAGGUAGGGCCCCCCAAGCCACCCCAAAUGAGGCGUUCAGCUUCCCUCGCCAAGUUAGGUUACUUGGACCUCUGUAAAGACUGUUCACCAGAGAGGGAGCCUGUCUCCUCUGAGUCCCCUCAUCUCAAACUGCUUCAGCCCUUCCUCAGAACGGACUCGGGCGUGGAGGCCCAGGAGCCCCCAGAAAACCCAGACACUGCCCAGAACCGAGAGCCCACCAAGUAUUUCAUAGAGCAACUCAGAACCACAGGGCGUGUCGCACAGAGCAGGCCAGUGGAGAGGCCCCUGGCGCAGUACGCCAGGGCGUUUGGUUACAGUCAGCAGUGUCUGCGCCCCAGCGCAGGGCCUGAAGUGACUGGUUUGGAAGGAGGCCUGCCUUCGGUGCCGGCCCGGGGACUGCAGGACGCCGGCCCAGCCCCAGGGCUGGCUGUGGCGCCCCGACAGCAGCACGGCAGAACUCACCCCCUUAGGAGACUGGGGAAAGCGAACGAUAAAAAACGGACAACCAACCCCUUCUAUAACACCAUGUGAUUCUGAGCCUGUACACUUGACUUUCUGAAAGAAAUGUUUGUAAAAGGGGCAGGUGUAAUACGUAAGGAACCAUGCACUUUAUUGGUUAAUUUUAUAAUAUUUUGGUCAUUUUACUGUUCCUGGCGCAUGCAGGGUUUGUUCCCCACCCCUACCCCGUGUGUGUGUGUGAGAGAAAGAGUUUGAUUUGGACGGCAAGACCAUUUUGUCAAAAAAAUUUUUUUUUUUUGGAAAAUUCAAACCUCAAAAAAAUACUCAUUUUCAAAGAACACCUUUAUCCAAGGCAGAGUGCUGUUUUUCAAUCAGCUGCCACCUGCUCCUCAUUUUGCCCUCGGAGGAAAGGCCUGCUGGCUUGAUUGAGGAAGGAAGCAGAUGGGGAGGGUGGGGAUGAAGCUGGAAAUUGGAAGCGCUGCCUUAGGCCUGUGUGAUGAGGGUUUGGUCUCCAGACCUGAUGCAUUGGAUUCAGAUUUGCUGAAGGGGGCAGCCUGAUGUCAGCGUGUUCUCAGCCCAGCCCAUUGGGAGUUCCUGAGGUGGGCAGACUCUGCUUUGCUUUCAAAGAGGGUCUUCCAGAAUUCAUCUCUUCUGGUCUCCAGAGUGUAUCAUUACAAAAAGGCAUGAUAACGGCUGGCUUUGUAAACCUAUCAAGCAAAUACUCUUUUUUUCACCCCAAGCAAAUAAUUUUAUUAAAUUUAAAAUGACCUCCAAAUGAAAUCCAUGAGGUCCUCUGUAGAGGGAAGCCGAAUAGGAGGAGGUGAAAUUGGGGGUGGAGAGGUGGUCACGCCCAGUAUCUUCCGGUGAAUGGUCUCCACUAAGGUGGUCAUCCUACCCUUUCUUCCCCACCCCCUCUUCCCCCCUACCCCCCAGAAAAGUGCUCUGCAGCGUCCUCCCAAUGAGAAAACAUGAAAACACGAUAGGGACAAGUUUGAAAAACAGCAACUGAAAGUGUGUUUGUGUUCUGAAAUGAGUACAGAUGCAGGGUUUUAACCCUUUUGUUACUUGAAUACUUCUGUGGGCCUUUUGAGUUUUAUGGCCAUAUUUUUUCCAAUUUAUUUCCCUCCCUCAUGCUGUUUCUCCCAACGCUGCCUAAUUUUUUUUAAUUUCAUAAGAUAUUUGAAUUGUUACAUGACCUAUGUAUAACCUCCAUCGAAUGCAAACUUUUUAAUAUUAUCACUGUUAACACUUGACAUAAGUUUUCUUUUUUUCUUUUCCUGGAAGAUUUGUCAUUUCUCUAGUUUAUAUACAGUAUUUAUGUACAUAAUGGCGUCACUUUCUUACAUUGUUUUGUUGUUAAUGUUAUAGGGUCUUUUUGAUUUAUCUAUUUUAAGAAGGAGUAAAGCUGCAACUGGAAGACCUACAGAUACCACAGAAAUAAAACUCAUGGGUGUUGGUAGGAA